AUGGAUGCUUCCCAGCCAGAUGAGAAAAUGGAAUAUCAUUCUCCUUCCCACAAAACACCAUCACAACGUCUUCCCACUGUCUACCAAGACACGUCUGACACAGAGACCUACACAGAGACCUACCCUGAAGGUGGCCUUGAUGCCUGGCUGGUCGUGCUAGGUGCCUGGUGCGGCCUGGCGGCAUCGAUAGGAAUCUACAACACGGCCGGCGUGCUGGAGGUCAUUGUCUCCAAGGUUCUCCUACCAGACGAGUCUCCGUCGAACAUUGGCUGGAUCUUCUCCAUCUAUGCCUUUGUCACUUGGCUCUUUGGCGUGCAGGUUGGGCCGACUUUUGAUGCCAUGGGACCGCGGGCGUUGCUCAUUGCAGGGACGAUAUGCACACUUGUUGGCGUUUUUGCGCUGAGUGUUUGUACAAAAUAUUACCAGAUCUUUCUGUCCUUCUCCAUCCUCACUGGCAUCGGCUCAUCCCUCAUUUGUACACCCUCGAUGGGCUGCGUGGCUCACUGGUUCCUAAAACGUCGCGGCCUCGCCAGCGGCGUCGCAUUUAUCGGAGCCGGGUUUGGCGGCGUCGUUUUCCCGCUGAUGAUACAAAGCCUUUUGCCCCAAGUAGGCUGGGGCUGGUCCAUCCGGAUUUUGGCAUUUGUAUUGCUCGUUCUGUGCACCAUCAGCGUGGCGUUUUGCCGCAGCAGGAUACCACCGCGCAAAGGCUCGCAGACCACCUGGCGAGAUACGUUGCCAGAUCCUAGAAUCUUUAUGGAUGGAACCGGGGCCAUGGCGGUUACAAGUGUGGGAGCUUUGUUGAUGGAUUUGGCAUAUUUUAUACCUAUUACAUAUACGCCAAGUUACUAUAUUGAUCGCCAGGGGUUGUCUCAUGACGAGGUUUUGACCGGAUCGGCAGCCUUUGCAUACCAGCUUUUGGCUAUUCUCAAUGCUGCGUCCUGUUUUGGUCGGUAUGCGGCGGGGGAUUUGGCUGAUCGGUUUGGCCGGUACAAUACUCUCGUUGUCUCGCUGCUGCUGUGCAUGGUAUCGGUACUGUGUUUCUGGCUCGCAGACAUCCUCGUACCAACCCUACAAAAUGAUGCGCUUCUGAUUGUCUUUAUUUUGGUGUUUGGUUUCUUCAGCGGUUCGAAUGUGAGCCUGACGCCAAUAUGUCUAGGUCAGUUAUGCGAAACGCACGACUAUGGCCGGUAUUACGCGAGCUGCUAUACUGUUGUGGCUUUUGGAGUGUUGGCGAGUAUCCCUAUUGCUGGGAGUUUACUCGAUGCAGUGGAGGCGACCGGGAGGGAGAGGUAUUGGGGAAUUGCGCUGUUUGCUGGUCUGAGUUAUGUGGGUGCGUUUCUGUGUUUUGUAUGGGUUAGGGUUAGAGUGAAGGGGUGGAAUUUGGCAAAAUGGUGA